AGCAAAAGUUAAUGGGCAAUAUUAAAUGGUGUAGAGAUAUGAAAAAAUCAUUUGAACCUAUUUUUAAAUUAGUUGAUGAUAUUGAAAAAUAUCAAAGAAAAAGAAUGAUGCCAUUGAUAUAG